AAAUUGGACUGUUGAACUGCUGCAAAGAGUUCGGAGUAUUAAUGACCCGUUCCCCCAAAGUAGCAUGUCUUCCAGAAACUCUGAAACCUUGUAAAUCUGCUUCAGGCCUGUCCUAAUACAACCAAAUUGUUGCUACUAAUUACGAAGAGUCAUUUCAGUUUUGACUGAGUUCCUGCAUCUGCAGCAGUGGAAGGAGGACUUCGGUGGCUUCUGAAACUGCUCGUUUUCUAUUAACUGCCCUAAAAACGAUAUUGAGGUCAACGCCAUUGAUGGUUUCAGUUCAAAGACAAAGUCCUUCAGGAGCCUUUCAAUUGGCAAUAAUGCAGGAAGAGCCUUUCAUGGUUGAUUCUGAAAAGCUUGCGACUCUGGAGUCCUUGACCAAUAUUAGGGUGACCAAUAGUUUUGUGACAAUGAGCAGUAUGCUGCAAUGGGUAAGUGAAGUGAAGCACCUCUUUAUAAAGGUAGAAGCUGCAAAGUUCGAUUCAUGGGACAUCUGGAGGAUUAAUUAUGAAUCAAAUUUCUACAACUUCUACAGGAAGUUAGCUUAUUGCACUAAUUCAGUUAUUCAGAGGGAUUAUUGCAUCAUGGAUAAGAGUGCUGAGGUUCAGUUCCUUCAGGUUAUGCCUCAAUCUUAAAUGCCAAGGCAAUUGGUUUUAAAAAAAGGUUUACUGUACAAUCUUCAUUCAGAGCAGGUUGAGGGAGACCCGCAGUUACAUAUUCAAAUU